AGAGCGCAAAACCACUCCUCGGCAGUGGGCAGGGAGCAGAGCAGCAGAGAGCGACCGAGCGACCUUGUCUGGUCGGAUUCACAGUUUCGUGGCUUGUUGUGCGUGAAAGCUGCGGAAACGAACAGUGGGUCGCGGUGGUAUGGCGGUUGUUCUUCGCGGUGCAUGUGCUAACUCGGGAUGUUUUUCCAACAGAUCUUUUAACAGAGGUGGUGCAGAGGCAUAGGAUACUCGUUCCCAUUCCUCUCUUCCGUAUGUUGGAUUUGUGUGCAAAAGGAGGAUCGACGCUCACCCAAAAAGGCGCUUGGGAAACAUGAGGAUUGCAUGGAGCGGUCCAAACCCACGUACAGCAUUGUUGGACUUUUAAGAGGUUUGUGUUUGUUCUCGAGCAAGGCUUGCGCAUCGCCCGGACACAUCUUGGUGGAGGAUACACACAUGCAUCAUUUAUACAUGUAACAUAGUUUUCUGUAUUAUGCAUAUGCACACUAUAUCGGACCAGAAGGCGUCCAUGGUGCGUGUCAUUUAACGAUUUCCUCUGUGCACCAAGUGCCAAAUUCCAACUGCGAUGGCGAACGUGUGCAACCGCGAUAUCGUGCAAAAGUACAUUUUCCAUAAACUGUCCAAGCAGGGGUAUAUGUGGGAAUUCGAGGACGCUGCAGCCGUUCAAGAAGAGGAAGAAGAAGAAGAAGAGGAGGAGGUGGAGGAAGAAGAAGUGGGGAAUAAUAGGUCGAUCAUCGCUCCUCCACCGACUUUGGUGAAACGAUGUCGAGGAGAAGUGGGGGACGACAACGACGCCAACACCGGGCCGGAGAGCAUCCCCCGUCUUUCCAAGCGGAUCACGGCCCGCCACGGGGACCCGCGCGCGGCGACCCACCGGGUGCUGCGCGAGGCGGGGGACGAACUCGAGAGACUCUACCAGGCGGACUUCACCGAGAUGUCGCACCAGCUGUACCUCACGUCGACUACGGCGCAGAGGCGGUUCAGGGAGGUGAUCGACGAGCUGUUCAGGGACGGCGUGAACUGGGGCCGGAUCAUCGCAUUUUUCGAGUUCGGGGGUACAGUGUGCGUGGAGUGCGCCGGCGGCCAGGAGGAGGAGAUGGUGGCGCAAGUGGAGCACAUCGCCGAGUGGAUGACUGAGUACAUGAACGGGCAUCUGAACAACUGGAUCCAGGACAACGGGGGAUGGGAGUCCUUCGUGGAGCUGUACGACAGACAGCGGGGGUCGGCGUUCAGCUGUGCCUGGCCCUCCAUCAGGACCGUGUUUGGUCUGGCCGCGCUGGGCGCCGCCAGCCUCACCAUUGGCGCGUACCUCACUCAGAAGUGAAGAGCAAGAAGAAGAGUCGUCUCCCUCUCUCCGUCUGUCUCGGUCUUUCCUCUCACCUUGACACUUCUCUCCCCUCCCCCUCCCCCUCCCCAGACCUGUGCCGCAGUUGCUCCCCCCCUCUCUCUCUCCCUCUCUCUCUCCCCCUCUCUCUCUCCCCUCUUUCCUUUCAACGCCGCCCGGCCUUCCUCCGAGACGCUCCUUCAAGAACCACAAAACCCUGCCUCCCCCUCUCUCUCUCCCCCUCUCCCCCUCUCUCUCUCUCUCUCUCUCUCUCUCUCUCUCUCUCUCUCUCUCUCUCUCUCUCUCUCUCUCUCUCUCUCUCUCUCUCUCUCUCUCUCUCUCUCUCUCUCUCUCUCUCUCUCUCUCUCUCUCUCUCUCUCUCUCUCUCAUCAAAGCUCAGCCCAGGAACUCCCUCCCUUCCGCUGCGUCCGAACCCCCCCUCUCCCCCCUCUGACCACCUCCUCCUCCUCCUCCUUUCCAAACAAAGCCAAGUGAGGAAGGAGCGAGGAGGAGACGAGCAAACAACGGACGGGAGUGGGAAUGUCCCGUCGGGAGGAGGACACUCAGUGACGACUCCUCGUUUAUGUAAUCAGAGAAAGUUGGACCCGGGUGGGCGAGCGGAUGUUAUGUUGAAACAAUAACACACACACACACACACACACACACACACACACACACACACACACACACACACACACGCACACACGCACACACACACAAAGAAGAAGAAAAAAAGUAAACAAAAGGAAGUGCACAGUGCGUCUGGGUUUCGCGUUCUGCCUGCCUGCUUUUUCGUACUGGUCGUAGCAUGAAGCUUUAGGUGUUAGCGUUAGAGACAUAGUGUUGCAUGUGGCGAUGGUUGGCGAGUAGGGAGAACUACAACUCACGUUGGGAGGAGGUCAAGGGGGUCGGAGGAAGGAUAUGUGCGGUGGAUGUUGGGGUGAGGGUGAGGGACGGUGGGGAGGGAGGGGAGAGGUUGAAGGGCGAUGACAAUCAUCAUAUACACUCCAGAGAGGGAGCCAGACACAACCAGCCCCCCCCCCCCCUCCUAUCCCGCUUCAGUAUCCCAACUUGUUAGGGUGAAGAGCCCCCCCGUUUGAACUGUGGACUCCUGUUACCAGCCACCCCCCCCCCACCCCCCACCCCCCAUCUUAGUCGUCCUUCAAAGCACUUCCUUCCCACACCAGCUGCUCAGAAUGUAUAAUGGAGAAGGAGCAACUGCAUGGAGUGUUUGUGUGUGUGUGUGUUUGUGUGUGUGUCAGUGUGUGUGUGUGUGUGUGUGUGUGCAUUGUAAACAGCUUUUACUCCUCAAGUACCGUCUGCAGCGGUGGAAGCGAUGCGGAACAGAGAGCCCCUGGUCACACACACAGACCGAGGCGGACUCAGCUUUCAAACUUUUAGAGAAAAAAAAAAAAAAAGGCUGCUUCGAUUGUCGAUUAUUGAUGAUGACGGUGUGAUCAGUUUAAUUUCAUUUCCUGUAGCGGGGGGGUAGGGCAAAGUAGCAAAGAACUUUUUGAUUCAAAGAGGUUUGAGGAGGAGACCAUGGAGGACGAAAGGGUGGAGGGGAAUGGUUGGCCCAAAGACGUUUAUACUGGGGAGCUCGGAGCUUCACGAUGUGCAGCCCCGGUGGAGGGGAAUGGGUUCUGACAGGGGGGAGAACGCGGGGCUAACUCACCACGAAACGCCGCCGUCUUUGAAGAAACGGAGAGACAUGACCAAACCGAGUAGGACGCCGGAGUGGAGAUCAGUGAAUAACCGCGUUUGGCAGAGUGCGAGGAGACAAGGAGCUGAUCAAAGCCGCAGAAAUGGAGGAGAGGGGAGAGGAGAGGAUGGGUUGUGUGUUUGACGGGGGUGCUCACAGAGUCCUCCCUCCUUUCCUUCCUCCCCUCUCCUCUCCUCCAACGUCCGACCCCCUGGUUGAGGAGCAAGAGGCCUUCCUCUGCCCCACGUUGAAGGACAAAGGAAAUUCUUACCAUGCUGACCAAGUGUGGAAGUGGUGGUUAACCCUUAUCCGGUGACAAAGCGCUUUCCUCCCAAUCUGGACUCUCUCCCACGGAAACCCUGUGUUUGUUCCGCCGCGGACAGCUAAGUUAUUUAUUUUUCUGCCCCACUUUUCAUUUUCCUGUUUGUGUUUAUCUCGUCCGCAUGUGGUAAGACUCGUCAGCCACAGCCGUGAACGAGCUGUGCUGGGACGGUCAAGAUGUGCGCCGCCAACCCCCCCCACCGUCCCCCCCUGUCCCAUCGGGCUCUGAAGACGUUGUUGUCCUGGCCCUCCCCCCCCCCCCCCCCCCCCUAAGCAAACAAAGAAGUACAACACAGCCUUCUUCGGGACUGUUCCCACACAGAGAAGGACAAUGGAUUGUAAAGAAAGAAGAAAAAAUAAAAAAAGAGGAAAAAAAUAAACUUAAGCAUGGAUUUCUAGGUCACCGAUAACUGUAAGCGUCGAAGCCCGCACACAAAGAUCUCAUCUGUGCAUCGCCCCUCGGCCCCAGGGCCUUGGAUAUUGGAACCUGAGAUUGUCCCCUCUGCCAAGUUGCGAUGUCAUCAGGCCCGCACAACGAGACAUUGAUUCAUCAUUUCCGGGCAGUUUGUAUCGACGUGGGUCUUGCAUUACAGUUAUGAAUUCAGGAAGGCUUUUAUUACAAAUCCCAGUUUGUUUGUAUGACUUUUUCUUACUGUCAUGGAAAAGCAAAAUGUCUCUCUUUCUCACUCUCUCUUUCUCAUUGAAUACUAAACUUCACAUUUGGUGGAAAAUUGGUGGUCUUCACGGGAAUAAUAAUUACACUUGUUUAACAAUAUUUAUACAUGAGUAGGGUAGAAGAUGAUACUAAAGCAACAAGAGUUUUGUAGAGGUACAGAAAACUUAAACAAUUCUUUGUUCAAAUCAAUAUUUUUAUUUCAUGGAAUCACACUGUAAACUAUGUCAUUUUCCGGCUGCUGUACGAUAAAAAACGUUUUAAAAAAAGAAGUGAAUCUCCGUAUUGUGCAAAUAUCAGCUUAUGACUGCUAAACCCGAAUGACUUUUGACUUAUUACAGCUUUUGAACUGCCACAGUUAACAGAAUAGUUCUAGAAAAAUCCUGAAACCAAAGCUAACUUGUAUUACUCUUUUUUUAUUACUAUUAUAACAUGUAGCUUAAUGAGGAAAACAUGGUGUAUCCUUUUAUUCACGUUGGUGAAGAAGCACCCUUUUGCAACCUUUGUCUGAUCCUAAGUGUUCUAUAUCAGCUGACCUUUGUCAACCCAUGAUCCAAUCAUUUGGCUUACAGCACUGAACAGUACAGUACUGUAAAAUACAGAGAACGCAGAAUUAAAAAUGGUCUCUCAACCCAAACGUCACAUAGAGAUCCCAACUGAUGUGUCAUGUUAAAAAGUAACCCAAAGUUUCCUGUGUGAACACAAUGGUGUGACAGCAAUAUAUAUAUAUAUAUAUAAAAAACGUAAUAUUUCCUAUUCUCUGUGCAUAUAUGAAUGUAGGCACCCGGUCGCUAUACUGUUUAAUGUAUAUACUCUCCUAAACCUGUAGCACUUAACAAGAACGAAAAAGUGAGUUGUGAUUCUGUCGUUUACUGCUAUAUACACAAUAAGCUAGCGGGAUCAUAUUGUUCCUAAUAAACCUCAUUUCUCCAGCAGUCUA